AUGGAUCCAGCCGAGGGCCGAAGGAUACUGGUGGCCGUGGACGAGGGCGACGAGAGCGUCCACGCGCUGCGAUGGUGCCUCACCAACUUCGCCGCGCGCGGCGACGGCGAGCUUGCCCCACCGGACACCAUCCUCCUGCUCUACGUCCGGCCCACGCCGCCCACCUACUCCGUGCUCGACGCCUCCGCCCCGCUAGGCUAUAUGUUUGCCAAUGAGGCGACCGCCGCGAUCGACGGGUACAGCCGGGCGGUGGCGGACGCGGUGGUGGACAAGGCGCAGAAGCUCUGCGCGCUCCACAGCAAAGAGAACGGCAAGGUGAAGGUGGAUGUGAAGGUGGCGGUCGGGGACGCCCGGAGCGUCAUCUGCGACAUGGUGGACAAGCUCGGAGCCGACCUGCUGGUGAUGGGGAGCCAUGGCUAUGGCUUUCUCAAGAGGGCUCUCCUCGGGAGUGUCAGCGAUUACUGCGUCAGGAACGCCAACUGCCCCGUUCUCAUCGUCAAGUCGAAAUAA